AUGGCCGUCGACGAGGCGCUCCAGCAGCCGCUCCACUUCACCGGCCACCGCCACCUCGUCUCGCGCCUCCUGCUCGCAACCCUCUCCGGCCGCCCCGUGCGCAUCGCGCAGAUCCGCUCUGGCUCAACCAACCCGGGCCUCACCCGCUACGAGACCAACUUUGUGCGCCUGCUCGAUGCCGUCACCAACGGCGGCCAGGUCCAGUUCAGCAUGACGGGCACCACCCUCGUCUACCGCCCGGGCCUCAUCACCGGCUCUGCAGACGGCCUCGGCGCCCACGCCGGCGUCCUGCGCCACGAGAUCCCCCGCGAGUGCGCCCGUCGCGGCGUCUCGUGGUGGCUGCUCCCGCUCUGCCUGCUCUCGCCCUUCAGCAAGGGCAACGUCAACGUCAUCCUCCACGGCGAAGGCUGCGUCACCUCGUCCACCGCCGCCGGCGACGUCUCCGCCGACACCGUCCGCACCGCCGUCCUGCCCCUCUACAAGUCCUUCGGCAUCGACCGCAACAUCGAGCUGCGCAUCCUAAAGCGCUCGUGCGCCCCGGCCGCGGGCAAGAGCGCCGGCGGCGAGGUCCAGCUCGUCUUCAACCACCAGGUCCGCCUGCCCAAGACCCUGCACCUGCUCAACCCCGGCCGCGUCAAGAAGAUCCGUGGCGUCGCCUACUGCGUCGAGGUCCCCAAGUCCAACAACGAGCGCAUGAUCCACGAGGCCCGCGGCAUCCUCAACCGAUUCGUCCCCGACACCUACAUCUUCUCCGACGCCUCGCCCGCCCCCCUGAUCCCCACCACCCACAAGCCCCACGCCGGCGCAAAGGUCAAGGGCGCUGUGGGCUUCGGCCUCUCCCUGGUCGCAGAGACCAGCACCGGCUGCAUGUACAGCGCAGACGUGUGCUCACCCCCCGACGGAGGCGUCCCCGCCGACGACAUCGGCAAGCAGUGCGCCUACCAGCUGCUGGAGAAGAUCAGCCAGGGCGGCGCUGUCGAGAGCGUGGCGGCCCCGACCGUGCUGAUGCUCAUGGCCAUGGGCUCCGAAGACGUCGGCCGAGUAGCCUUGGCCAAGGACGUGCUUGCGAGCGAGGACAUGGUCUCGCUGGCGAGGGAUUCCAAGGCCUUUGGCGGCAGCGGAUGGGGAUUCCGAGAAAACGGCGGCAACGAGGAUCGAGGCGAGAUUGUCGUCAGCGUGGUAGGGCGAGGUGUGGGCAACGUGGGGCGCAAGGUUGCGUAG